CAGUUCAGACAGAGUUUAAUCAUGAGUUUAUCAGCCUCGGGAUCGUUCCGUAGACGUUCUGCUCAUGCUUUGUGACAGAACUGCAAUUUUACUUUGCAUGCUUUUUUUAUUCGUUCAGAUGUUGACAAACGGUGGAGUUUAAGAGCAAUUUAAGAUGGAUUAACAGACGAAACGGGUGAGAACAUGAGGAGAUGUGUUGAGGAAUAACAGAAAUAUACUGACAGAAUAAACCAGCAGCAUGACGAGACUGCUGGCCUGCAUCAGUGUGAUCGUCUUCAGAUUGAUGGUCUGUGUUCACAGUGAGUUUAUCGAGCCGUCUCCGUCCCUGGCCCUGCGCUCGUUCUCUGGCACACAGACCCGGAUGCCCUGUCGCUUUAUGGUGGAGGCCGAUGAAAAAGUGGUGCAAGUGACCUGGUCCAGACAGAAACCAGGAGGAGAACGAGAACAGAUUAUCAUAGGACACUUUACUGAAGGACCUACAGUGUCUCCUGAUUUUCUGAAUCGCGUUCAGUUCGAGAGCUCCGACCCGACCGUCGACUCCACGCUGCUGAUUCUGAACACAAAGAAGGCCGAUCAGGCCCCAUACCCCUGCCACGUCUCCAUCUUUCCCUCUGGAAGCUUCGAGAGACAAAUCAGCCUGACCGUCUGGAUUUUGCCGAUCUCGUCUCUGGAGCCGGUGAUUCUGCAGGAAGGCCAGUCGUUCUGCGUAGCUGCUUUCUGUCGCUCGGUUGGACACCCUCCGCCGCGUUUGUCCUGGGACACGGAGCUUCCCGGGCAGUCGCAGAACCGGACCGGAGAGGAUGGAGUCGUAACCUCGCAGUUUUCCCUGCAUCCGCUGCGCAGCAUGAACAAGCGGCGCCUGGACUGUCUGGUGUGGCAUCCGGCUCUCAACGGCCCGCACAGAAUCAGCAACGAGCUCGUGGUGCACUUUCCUCCUGAUGCAGUGAUUGCUGAUUCUGGCUCCUGGAGAAUAGGACACUCAGGAUCAGAGCUCCGAUGUGUGGUUAAAGGAAACCCGCUGCCGCAAAACGUCACAUGGAGCAGGAAGGACGGCCGUCUGCCAGCAGGAGUGUUGGUUAAGGAGGACAGACUGAUGUUCGUUAGGCCUCUGAACGUGACGGAUGAAGGCGUGUACAUCUGCCAGACAGCUAACAGCGCGGGAAUCGCUAAAGCAGAGUUUAAAGUGGAGAUCGGAAAACGUUGGCCUGAAUCCGCUCACGCUCUCGGAAGCCCGUCAGAGACUCUCCUCAUCAUCAUAGGAGCAUCUGUCGCCGGGGUUUUGCUCAUCGUCAUCGUGAUCGCCAUCAUCUUAAUUAACUGUCACCUUAGACGCAAGAACAGGAAGCUUAAACGAGCGCUCAGCACCAGAACGGAGGAGAUGAUCAGUCUGUCGCGACAGGUGUCCAUGAGGAGACUCAACUCCUUCAACGGUGAUCUCAGGACAGCGCUGGAGGAGAUUUCACUGAUUCAGAUGGACAGUGUGACGAAGGGCAGUGUUUUAUCGGUGGAGGAUCGUUCAACGCUGAGCGACGUGAAAGGCAGACAUGGAGACGGAGAGUAUGACAGUCUGGGACGUCCCGCCAUAUACACGGCGUACCGGCCGGAGCGAUCCAGCAGAAACAUAAGAGAGAUCGAGGAGGAGAGAAAUGAGCGCAGACGGAGAGUUGAGUCCUAUGUCAAAUCCAGCAGCAUGUCACUGGAUUCAGGGCUUCACCGGGAUCAGAGUCCUCCUCCUCCGUCCGUGAGCUCGGGUCCGACUGCAGAUGCGAUCGGUGAAGGAUGGAAGCGUGGCUCUCGCCGAGAGAUUCACCGAGCGGAGCGUGAGAAAGACAUACAGCGAGAGCGAGUUCCUGAAGGAGAAGAAAGCUGUGCGGUGGACUCCUAUCACCUGUCCGAGGCCACUACCAACUACUUCCAGUGCAGCAGCGGCGGACUGACGCCAAAAGCUAACUCCAACGCCAUCAUUAUACACUCACGAGGACAGGUCAUAUGAUCAACACAGCGUCAUGAUCGUCAAUGCAUGCAUUAUAGUUCAUUAUCUGUAAGGCUGUAAACAUUACAAACUCUUAAAGGGACAGUUCACACAAAAACAAUCAUUUACUUAAACUCAUGUCAGUUAAACCUGUGUGCCUUUGUUUUGUAAAACAUCAAAAUGCAUAUCACUCGUGCAUGAAAUCACAAGUCUUCUGCAGUCAUCUGUGUGAAUAAUAGUUAUGGUUGGGUAUCAUUUGAAUUUUAUCAAUUCCGAUUCCGAUUCUUAUCGAU